AUGCACUACGUGCACGCGGCCAUCACGAAGUCGAUGCGGCUCUACCCGCCGGUGCCGGUGAACUUUCUGCGGGCGGAGGCCGCCGACGUCCUGCCGGACGGCACGGCGGUGGGGGCAGGUUGGUUCGUGGCGUACAACUCGUACGCAAUGGGGAGGAUGGAGUCCGUGUGGGGAGAGGACGCGCGGGCGUACCGACCGGAGCGGUGGCUGGACCCGGCGGAGGGGACGUUCCAGCCGGACAGCCCGUUCCGCUACAUAGCGUUCCACGCGGGACCGAGGAUUUGCCUCGGGAAGGAGAUGGCCUACAUCCUGAUGAAGUCCAUCGUGGCAUGCGUGCUGGAAGAGUUCGAGCUCGCAGUGGACGGCGCAUACCGGCCGCGGCAGGUGACCUCGCUGACGUUGCGGAUGGCGGACGGGCUCCCGGUGACGGUGAAGGCUAGAGUGAAUUGA